ACCACUGCAGUGGUUUCUUUGCCCAGAAAAACCCAAAUGAAAUGAUUAAGAGUAGAAUGCAACUGAACAAAUACUUUAAAAGAAGCUAUACUUAAUAGAUAGCAGUAUCAUUAAAUACUGUUUUUAAAAAUGGAUGGAUAGAUGGAAAGAGAUAUAAUACAGAUAUAAGAUACAGAUGAGAUAUAUAAGAUGUAGUAUAGGCAAAUAGAUGGAUGAUAAAGAAAAUACAGUAUAGACAGAUACAGAAGAUAAUUGAGAUAAGAUAGAACUUCCAAAAAAAGUGAAUUUAGGGAAAAUAAGGAAAAGUCCCAGAUUUGAGUUAUAUUAGAGAUUCUCAACCAGAUGUCCUAGAAUUUUUUAUCCACAUUUUGCUAAGUGUAUUUCAGUAUAAUUGGCUCCCCUUGAUAAUCUCUAUGUAUUUUAGUUUUAUGCGUUUCCAUACAUUUUUCUGAGGUCCGUAGCCUUCACCAGACAGCCAGAGGGGUCCAUGACACAAAAUUAGUAUGGAACCCGGGUCUUCAGUGACCUUACUCCAUUAUUUCAGAGGCUGGAAGAGCCAGGUGGGAUGAGAAUGGGAUUCGUGCUUCCUAAGCCUCGGCGGCGCUUUCCAGUGAAACACGUGGGCAGGACAGGCAUUGUUCCAGCAGCCCCUUUCCCCCGGCACUCUGGGGAGCUCAGCGUGGGCAGGGAAGAGCUGCUGGGGUGGGAAGGAGGGCGUGGCCCCGCCUCCGCGGCUUCUGACGUCACAAAGCCAAGCGCAGACCAGGUGCAGCCCAGACGCCCGCAGUUCAGCUUGGUUCUGGGCUGAGCGAGAGCUAGAGGUGAAGCCUCGUCCUCCCUGGGGCUACUCUCAGGCCGAAGCUGCGGGCUCUGCCUCUCAAGCCCCGGACGGGGCGGCGCCGGGGUCAGGAGACGAUCUCUAGACCAGGGCGCCCCGCGAUCCUGGGAUUGGUAGCUCUCCUCCGACAGCCCCCGGAAUGGCCACGUCCCCGGAGGCCCCGCUCAAGAUCUCCGACUGCUUCUGUCCCAUCUGUACGGAGAUCCUGGUGGAGCCCGUAAGCCUCCCGUGCGGCCACACGCUAUGCCACUCGUGCUUCCAGCAGACCGUUCAGAAGGCCAGCCUGCACUGCCCCUUCUGCCGCCGCCGGGUGUCCUCGUGGGCCCGUGCCCAGGCCCGCCAGAACACGCUGAUCAAUCAGAAGCUAUGGCGCAGGAUCGAGAAGCAGUACAUCCGGAAUGGCGGGCUCGCCAGCGAAGGCAGGAGGACCCAGCGCAGGGAGCGGGAGGCGGACCUCCCGCUGCGCAGGCUCAGUGCGCCAGGGGAGCUGAGGCGGGAGUACGAGGAGGAACUGAGCAAAGUGGAAGCGGAGAGGCGGGCAUGCGCAGAAGAGGAGGCUCGAGUCAGUGCGGAGUACAUAAACCGGCUACUGGCCGAGGAGGGGGAAGAGAAGCGCAGGAGGGAGGAAGAGGAAGGCAGUCAAAGGAAUGGACAAGAGGAAAAAGGGAAGCUGAGACGAGAGCUAGAGCAAAAAGAGAAUCAGAAGGAAGAAGAAAAUCAGGGGUCAAAGCAAGAAGAGACUCAAACUAGGGAGAAAAGGCCAAGGUAUGAGGAAGACCAGAGGCAAGCUAGGGAGGAGGGAGAGAGGCAAAGAGAGAGAGAGGACCUGCUGAAACUAGAUAAAGAUCUGGCCCGAGAAAUAAGCAUCAGUCUUAAAACACUGAAAUGUGUCUUGACUUCCCUUUUUGUUGCCAGUUCAUCUUACCCUGCCUCUUGCAGAACGCCAAAGAAAACAGAGAGCAAACCCAACAAUGCUGGAGACAUUCACAAGUGCAUGACAUCCAGAUCCCAACUUACCUCCCCAGAACUAGAGAAUGAACUUGAAAUAGCAGGAGGCAAGAGAUCCUACAAUUCUAAGGAGGUCAGCAUUGGUAAAGAGAAGAGCCCCAGGUGGCAGGAGCAAAGAGGGGGAGACUUUCCAACUUUAUCUACACAAGCCUUCUGUGAAAUUGAAAACAUUGGUGCAAGGGCUUCCCUGGAAAAUGGGAUGAAAGAAAGAGAACCAGGAACAAGCAGUGAGGAUGAAAUUAUAAGCCAUUGUAAUGUUGCAAAUCACAGACUGCCCAAAACCAAAUUUUUCUGCUCUGGGAAAGUUGUAACUAAGCCUUCCAGCAAAUCAGAGAAUGAAUGUACAGCAGAGAUGAAAAAUGAAGGCACUAGUCUGUUGGUGAAUAAAGAAAUUCCAGGAAGGAAAAGUCUAGAAUCGCUGUCUGAAUCCCUCAGUGAUUCAGGCCUCUCUUUGAAGAAAGGGAAAAUAUGCCCAGAGACCACCCCAGAGAAAGAGGAAAGAAAAAAUAACUUUACCCAAAAACUGAUGGAUUUAGAGCACUUAUUUUUUGAGAGGCAUAAACAAGAGGAAAAGGAUAGAUUAUUGGCAUUACAGCUUCAGGGAAAAAUUAAUAAAGAGCAAAGGAAACUGAAUUGGAGAAAGAGGACCCGAGAUGCAUACCUCCUUCGCCCUAGAGCCUCCUUAAAUUCAGAUAAAAGAAGAAGGGUUUGCAGCAGAAGUUCAAAGAAAAAAGCUGAAGCAGCACUUUCAGAGCCUUCAAGAGGUCCAAAAUAUGAAUAGUGGCCAUCUUUUAAAAUCUAGUUGAAACUUUCAGCUAAUGAUAAAGGAGAAAAGGUGACAAACUCUAACCAAAAUGCCCCUUCUCUAUUGCCUAGUUAAUACACACACAGACACACACAAAUAGCUUUUCAAAUUUUGCAAUGAGCUGCAAAUUAAGGAAUAUGGGAAAGGAAUAAGGAGUUAAGCUUCAUUAUAAUGCUCUCUUAUUCCAUAACAUCCUUGUAGAUAGGUUUUGCUUUUGUAUUUUGGUGCAUUUCGUUAACUGAAGAUGCCUGUUUUCAGUAGUUGCUUGACUGGGAGGCUAUCUUAUUAGAGGAAAGCUCCUCAGGUGCCAUUACAAAUAUUCAUCUUCAGAUUGAAAUGUCCAAGUUUACAAUAAAGUUUUUUUUUAUAUUAGCAUUAAUCAGGGUACACUGAGAUGAAAGAUCCUACUGGUUGGUAAAUACCUUAGGCCAGAUCCAAGAUGUCCUUAAAUGUCCUACAUACCAUAAUUCUUUAAAAAAAAAAACCUUUGCAAUUACUAUCCACCUUUUUGUCCUGUUGAGUUGGAAU